AUGUUAUUCGAUCAGAAAAGAUUCAGAACAGCGUCUUAUCCAGAGCGGCUAAAUUUAGAACUGCCCAACCUGUGCUACAAUUACAAUCAUCAAUCUUCAAAUGCCAGAACCUUCCAAACCAAUAUGUUGGAAUUUGAAGGAAGAUUAAAUACUGAGAUUAUUCUGGUGUCAGAUAGAAAUUCCUGCAUCCAAAACGAUCUACAACGGACGAGGGAAAGCCUAGAAGAGUUAAAGGUACUGAACCGCAACCUGAAAGUUUCUAUCGAGGUCCUGGAAAAGGAAAAUGAUAUACUUUCCAAGGAAACUAAGCGUCUGCGUCGUGAGGGUUUUGAAAAAGAACAAUGCGAUGAAAUUAAGAACUACAGGGAGGACAUAUCAAAACUGAAUGCUGAGAUUGUUCAGCUAUCAGAGAGUAAUUCCCACAUUCAAAACGAUUUACAGUGGACGAGGAAAGACCUGCAGGAGUUGAAUAUACUGAACAACAACUUGAAAGUUUCAAUCGAGGCCCUGGAAAAGGAGAAUGAUAUGUUGGCUAAGUGUCUGCGUCGUGAGGUUUUUGAAUUGAAAAACUCUCCACAUCCUAUAGCCCAUAUUAAAUCGACUCCUCCUAGGAAUAAAAUACUGAUAAUUUGGCAAAGGGACUUAGGGAUAUUAUGGAUCAUUGUGUGA